AUGGCGAAGGUGGCCAAGGACCUCAACCCGGGAGUCCACAAGAUGUCCCUGGGCCAGCAACAGUCAGCGCGAGGCGUGUCUUGUUUGCGAUGCAAGGGGGCGUGCUCAGGCUUCGAGCCGCACCCAUGGAGGAAAAUAUGCAAGUCCUGCAAAUGCAGCCAAGAGGACCACUGCCUGAGCUCCGACCUGGAAGAUGACCGGAAGAUCGGCCGCUUGCUGAUGGACUCCAAGUACUCCACCCUCACGGCCCGCAUCAAAGGCGGGGACGGCAUCCGGAUUUACAAGAGGAACCGGAUGAUCAUGACCAACCCCAUUGCCACUGGGAAAGAUCCCACCUUUGACACCAUCACCUACGAGUGGGCUCCCCCCGGAGUCACCCAGAAACUGGGCCUGCAGUACAUGGAGCUCAUCCCGAAGGAGAAGCAGCCAGUGACGGGCACCGAGGGCGCCUACUACCGCCGUCGCCAGCUCAUGCACCAGCUCCCCAUCUACGACCAGGACCCCUCACGCUGCCGCGGACUUUCAGAGAACGAGCUGAAAGUCAUGGAAGAAUUUGUCAAGCAGUAUAAGAGCGAGGCCCUCGGCGUGGGAGAGGUGGCGCUCCCCGGGCAGGGCGGCUUGCCCAAGGAGGAGGGCAAGCAGCAGGAGAAGCCGGAGGGCACAGAGCCCACCACCCUGACCACCAACGGCAGCAUCGGUGACCCAACCAAAGAAUACAUCUGUGAGCUCUGCAAGGGCGUGGCACCCGCCGACAGCCCCGUGGUCUACUCGGACAGGGCCGGCUACGACAAGCAGUGGCAUCCCACCUGCUUCGUGUGCGCCAAGUGCUCCGAGCCCCUGGUGGACCUCAUCUACUUCUGGAAAAACGGGGCGCCCUGGUGCGGCCGCCACUACUGCGAGAGCGUGCGGCCCCGCUGCUCCGGCUGCGAUGAGAUAAUAUUCUCCGAGGACUACCAGCGCGUGGAGGACCUGGCCUGGCACCGCAAGCACUUCGUCUGCGAGGGCUGCGAGCAGCAGCUGAGCGGCCGGGCGUAUAUCGUCACCAAGGGUCAGCUCCUGUGCCCGACGUGCAGCAAGUCCCGGCGCUCCUGA